AUGUCCAAUACUUCUGACGCUGAAUCAUCGUCGCACAAGUCAUCACGUUCGACUACACCCGACUCUACAUCGACAUAUCGAUACUCUCAUGAACCCUUCGACACGUUUGGUGAGAAAGUCAGAGCAUUGGCUCCAGACAUUGGAGCUAAAUCUGUUGAGGAGAUCGUGCGGCUACCUGGCGGGAGCUUCAACAGAAUAAUCGCAGCGACUCUGUACCGCCACGAUCCAGCAGCCGCAGUUGAAAAGGUUGUAUUGCGAAUCCCUCGCUUUGCAGAAGAUGGAGAUUCGCCAAAUGAAGACAUGCGGACGCAAUUUGCUAUCCUCGAGGCCCUUGAGAGAUUUGGCGUUGGUGUUGGACAGCCCGAGUCGAAGACAAAAACCAAAUCGACAUCGUCACUGCAAGAGCUUUUGAGCACGCAAUUGGACGCCUGGGUACAGCACGAGCUUUCAAAUCCUCGGAGGUCUUUCGUAGUCGAUAUGUUCAGACGGUUGCAAGAGAUGUAUACGGAGAUGGAAGAGUUGGGUUUCUUCCAGGAGCGACCUUCACUCGACUCAAAUGUGCUCUACCAUUGGGACCUGGAACCGCGCAACAUCAUGGUUGAUCGCAGAGCUACCGAUCGCACUUCAGACAUCACCACAUCAUAUCAGUUGGAGGUUACGGGUGUGUUAGACUGGGACGAUGUCUUCGUUGUUCCCUCAAUCCUCGCGCGCAAACCUCCAGUCUGGCUCUGGGACUUCUCCGAGGACGAAAGCCUUCCCUCCCUUAUUCUUGCAUACUAUGACGGAGACGUGGAUCUGCUUCCCCCUGAGCUCUCACUAAGGCCGGCGAUCGUCUGUCAGAGGAAGACUUACAGCCCUGCGAGUCGGGAAGCCUAUCUUGACGAUGCCUAUGGACGAGGAAGAUGGCUUCGACGUCUGUGGAGGUUUGCUCUCGAUGGCUUCAGUGACAGCCAACAUAUCGAUCGGUUCAAAAACUUUGACGAAGCUUGGUCAGAGUACAAAGAGACUUCGUCUGGUUUCUAA